AUGCCCAUAAUCGAAUUCAUUCAUAAAUCUGACUUUGUAUUCCCGCGAAAGCAUAUAGGUGUCGCCGCCAAUGCCAACAGCUCCGGCCAUGCCUCCAAAAACGAGGAGUUCGAAUUCAACUGGCAAAAGCUCAAGUCAGCAAUCCAAGACAUUCACCUGAAGAAUACUGGCGCCCUCACCUUCGAGCAGCUGUAUCGACACGGCUAUAAGAUUGUACUUCUCAAGUUACCGCUCCGCCUCUACGACAACGUGAAGGCCUUCGAGGAAGAGUGGUUCGACCAGCAUGUCAUGCCCCCCAUCCUCGACGUCAUGAGCAGCAACUCGGUCAACACCAUCGAGAACACCACAGCUAUACAGCGUCGCGCCAAUGGUGAGAAGUUCUUAAAGGUCAUUAGGGAGUCCUGGGAGCAGCACAACACGGCCAUGAACAUGAUAGCAGAUAUUCUCAUGUAUCUAGAUCGCGGCUGGUCCCAGGAGCAGAACCGUCCGGGCAUCUUCGCUGCUACCAUUGGUCUUUUCCGAGACAAGGUUUUGCGACGACAUCUUCAAAGCGGUGAUGGUACCAUUUCCUCCGUCCUCAAUGGGACCAUCAUCGACGCUAUCAACAUGGAGAGAGAGGGCGAUGCCAUUGACAAGUCGCUCAUCCGAAGCUGCACUGGCAUGCUUGAGUCGCUUCAUCAAACCGACGAGGAACACGAAGACGAAAAGCUCUAUCUCGUCGAUUUCGAGCCUGAGUAUCUCGAAUCCAGUCAGGACUACUACAAGGCGGAGUGCGAAAAGCUUCUGCAGGAGGGCGACGCUUGUGUCUGGUUGCAGUAUACCCAGAGACGCCUCGAGGAGGAGGCGGAUCGCUGCAUCACCACUGUCUCGCCCAUGACCAAGGAUCGAAUCGCUGCUGUUAUUGAUCACAACCUAAUCAAGACUCAUCUUGUUGACUUCAUGAACCUGGAAGGUAGUGGCUUCCGCGCCAUGGUAAACAACGACCGGGCCAACGAUCUCACCAUUCUUUACCAUCUUGUCUGUCGCGUGGAUACUAAAAGAGAAGCACUUCGAAAAGCUCUAUCAGAUCUCGUGGUCGAGUUAGGAUAUGAAAUCGAGAAGGUCUUGCGAAACACUGAUUUCUCAUUCCCCCAGAAGACUGAUGAAGAGCCCGCUGCUGAGGGUGAGGAAAGGGCCAAACCCAAGGCUCUGAACGCUGCAGCACAACAGACCGCUGCUGCUCUCAAGUGGAUCUCUGACGUCCUUGACCUCAAGGAUCGAUUCGAUCGCUUGUGGAAGGACUGUUUUGCUGAAGAUUUAAUUUUGCAGACGGCUCUUACGAAGAGCUAUGCCGAGUUCAUCAACAGAUUCGAUCGCAGUGCCGAGUACCUGUCGCUCUUCAUUGACGACAACCUCAAACGUGGUUCCAGGGAGAGAACGGACGCGGAAAUCGAUGCAAACUUGGAACGAGCCAAGGACCUCUUGCGAUAUAUCAGCGACAAGGACAAGUUCGAACUAUACUAUCAGAAACAUCUUGCCAAACGCUUGCUGCAGCAGAAGUCUGAAGUCUCUGAAAAGGAAGAGCACAUGCUCAGCCGGAUGAAGUUGGAGCUGGGCAAUAACUUCACCCAGAAGUUCGAGGGCAUGUUCAAGGAUUUGCAACUGUCCAAAGUUGAGACCACAAAAUUUAGUGACCACCUUAAGAAAGAGGCACUUGAGCGUGGUGCGACUGGCGAAAAGCGCGCCGAGCUAUCAGUCAACAUUCUUGGUGGCAACAACUGGCCAAAAGAAAUCAUGGGUCGACAAAACAGCCUGGAUGGUCAAGAACGUACAGAUAUCAUCUUCCCACAAGAGAUCAAAGCCACCCAAGAUAGCUUUGCUACCUUCUAUUCUAGCAACCAUCAAGGCAGGAUGCUCACGUGGGUGGGAAGCGCCGGCAGUGCUGAAAUUAGAUGCGUUUUCCCCAAGAUUCCAGGCAAGACCUCGGGCCCACUUAGCCGUGAGCGUCGAUAUGAGCUCAGUGUCACCACCUAUGGCAUGAUUGUCUUGAUGCUCUUCAACGACCUUCCCGAAGGCGAGUAUAUCAGUUUUGAAGACGUUCAGGCCCGGACCAACAUUCCCCGAGUUGACUUGAUCAACGUCCUGACGUCGUUGUCGGUCAUGAAAACCACAAAGGUCCUCCUGAAGGAGCCCGCCACCAAGGCUGCUGUGAAGCUGACUGACAAGUUCACUUACAACCGCGAGUUUGUCAGCAAGUCUAUCAAGAUCAAAAUGACUCAAGUCAACGCUGCUAGCAAGGCCGAGAAUGAUGAUGAACGCAAGCAGACCGAUGAAAAGGCUACUGAAACUCGCAAGUACAUCAUCGACGCAGCCAUUGUCCGCAUCAUGAAAGCACGCAAGGAGGCCCCGCAUGCCCAGGUCAUCACUCAAGUCAUCGAGCAGCUAUCCCGUCAAUUCAAGCCUGACAUUAACCUCAUUAAGAGUCGUAUCGAGGAUCUCAUCGGUAGGGAGUAUCUUGAGCGAGCAGACGUUGUGGAUGGAAAACCUGCAUACCGCUAUUUGGCCUGA